CCUGCCUCCAUUGCUGGACCACCAAGAUAAGACCACCAGGCUGAGUAACUUCUACCAGGCUGAGACCACGGCCACCCCCGACCGGCGGCGGACCGGACAGGACCGGACCAUUAGGGGCGGGGAGGGGGGGAGUCGCCUAAGCCGCUUAGAGCCGGCUCCACACGGGCAGGAGCUGGAAGAGGAAGAAUGGAGCAAACUAAACAUGGCUGUUGACCAGAGACGUGCUUCUUUUCUGGCGUCGACUUAGGACGGGACCGCGUCGAACAGACCUGCUGGAGGAAUGUUCACCCUUACUGAAGUCGCUUCCCUGAAUGACAUACAGCCAACGUACCGCAUCCUGAAGCCAUGGUGGGACGUUUUCAUGGACUAUCUUGGUAUUGUCAUGCUGAUGCUGGCAAUAUUUGCCGGCACCAUGCAGUUGACGCGGGAUCAAGUGGUCUGCCUCCCCGUUCUGGACCCAGCUCCGGACGAGGCCGGCGAAUUCCUGAGUCCUCAACCGACAGAGGCAGCUGACCGGCUGUGGAGUAAGGAGAGUGCCAUGGGGGAGCAGGCGGCACCUCUGAUGGCCAGGAGGCCCCCGGACAGAGCCGAUCCGGCUGUUCCACUCCCGCAGCAACUCCCCCCCGCCGGAGUCAGAACCAAGUUGGACUUUCAGCAGUAUGUUUUUGUCAACCAGAUGUGCUACCACGUCGCCCUUCCGUGGUAUUCAAAAUACUUCCCCUACCUCGCGCUUAUCCACACCCUGAUACUGAUGGUCAGCAGCAACUUCUGGUUCAAGUACCCAAGGACCAGCUCCAAGAUAGAGCACUUUGUGUCCACACUGGGAAAAUGCUUUGAGUCGCCUUGGACUACGAAAGCACUGUCUGAGACGGCGUGCGAGGACUCUGAGGAGAACAAGCAGAGGCUGGCGGGGACCUCCACCUUCCUAAAGCACCUCUCCACUAGCAGCGAGGAGGGCAGUCCCAACCAGUCAGCCCCCAUGCUGACCAAGUCUGGCGUCACCUUCUCUGCUGAGAAGCUGGUCAGCGAGGUGCCUGCCAUGACCAUACUGGACAAGAAAGAUGGCGAGCAGGCCAAGGCGCUCUUUGAGAAGGUCAGGAAGUUCCGUGCACACGUGGAGGACAGUGACUUGAUCUACCGCCUGUACGCCAUUCAGACGGUCAUCAAGACGGUGAAGUUCAUUCUGAUCCUGUGCUACACCAUGACCUUUGUGGCCUCUAUUGACUUCCAUCACGUGUGCGAGCCUGAGAUUAAGCACCUGACAGGAUACAAGAAGUUCCACUGCACGCACAACAUGGCCUUCAUGCUGAAAAAGCUGCUGGUGAGCUACAUCGCGCUCAUAUGCGUCUAUGGCGUCAUCUGCAUUUACACGCUCUUCUGGCUUUUCCGACGUCCGCUGAAGGAGUACUCGUUUGAGAAGGUGAGAGAGGAGAGCAGCUUCAGUGACAUUCCAGACGUGAAGAACGACUUUGCUUUCCUGCUGCACAUGGUGGAUCAGUACGACCAGCUCUAUUCCAAACGCUUUGGUGUGUUCCUCUCUGAAGUCAGCGAGAACAAACUCAGAGAGAUCAGCCUGAACCAUGAGUGGACUUUCGAGAAGCUUCGGCAGCACGUGACUCGCAAUGUUCAAGAAAAGCUGGAACUCCAUCUCUUCAUGCUGUCAGGAGUGCCGGACGCUGUCUUUGAUCUCACAGAUUUGGAAAUUGUCAAACUGGAGUUAAUCCCUGACGCCAGGAUCACGGCCAAGAUCUCACAAAUGAUAAACCUCCAGGAGCUCCAUUUCUACCAUUGUCCUGCCAAAGUGGAGCAGACUGCUUUUAUUUUCCUUCGGGAUCACCUGAGGUGCCUUCAUGUAAAGUUCACUGAUGUCGCUGAGAUUCCCAGCUGGUUGUACCUGUUGAAGAAUUUAAGGGAACUCUACCUGGUUGGGAAUCUCAACUCUGAAAACAAUAAAAUGAUCGGACUGGAGUCUCUGCGGGACCUGAGGCACCUAAAGAUUCUACAUCUGAAAAGCAACCUCACAAAGAUCCCCACCAACAUCACGGAUCUGUCGCCGCAUCUCCUCAAGCUGGUGGUCCACAAUGACGGUACAAAGCUGCUGGUACUCAACAGUUUGAAGAAGAUGAUCAACCUGGCCGAGCUGGAGCUCCUCAAUUGCGAGCUGGAGCGCAUCCCUCACGCCAUCUUCAGUCUGACCAACCUUCAGGAGUUGGAUUUAAAGUCCAACCACAUCCGGACCAUUGAAGAGGUCAUCAGCUUCCAGCACCUCAAGCGGCUGACAUGCCUCAAGCUGUGGCACAAUAAGAUCAUCUCCAUCCCACUCUCUAUCAGCCACGUCAAGAACCUGGAGUUGCUCUUCCUGUCUCACAACAAACUGGAAUGUCUACCCACAUCUUUGUUCACCCUUCUCAAGCUGAGGCACCUGGACGUCAGCCACAACUCCAUUGCCACCAUACCUCCGGAGGUGGGCUUUUUGCAGAACCUCCAACAUUUCGCCAUCACGGGCAAUAAAGUGGAAGUGGUUCCCAAGCAGCUCUUCAAGUGCACCAAACUGAGGACGCUGUGUCUCAGCCACAAUUGCAUCACCGCCAUUCCAGAGAAGAUCGGCCAGCUGGCGCAGCUCAGCCACCUGGAGGUGAAGGGGAACUGCCUGGACCGGCUUCCAGCCCAGCUGGGUCAGUGCUCUCACCUGCGCCACAGCUGCCUCAUCGUGGAGGACCACCUCUUUGACUCGCUGCCUCUGGAGGUCAAGGAAACCAUCAAUCAGGAGUCUGGUGUUGCCUUUACAAAUGGCUGCAAGUGUCUGACUGAUGGACGGUAGUCAUGUGACAGCUUUGUGUUAUUUUUUUUAAAGCACUAGUUCAUGAGUCCAACAGGACAGAAAAGGUUAAAACCACUGAAAAACCUUGUGGUUUGUGUCACGUCUCUAAUGUUAGUCCUUUUGUUGACGCAUGUAGCAACUUAGCAUUAGCUGAACCUUCACAAAAGGGAGCAUCGAGCCUGCCAAACAUCAACUGGCGAGUUAUUUAAAAGAUUUAAGUAGUUCUUUGUGAGGGAACACCGCUUUGGGGUUUUGGUGCUCAAGGUAGUCUUUCAGUUGCUGUGCAAAAGUCUUAGGCCACCACUAGCUUUGUUGUUUUAAUGCCCUUUUUUCACUGCAGGAAAUUGUAGCACACAUACAGUUAGCAGGAUUACCCAAAAAUAACAUUGUACUAAACUGUGUAGAAGGGUAGCGCUUUUGUCAUAAAAAGAACAGAUUACAUGCAUCUCCCCGUACCUUGUCAUCAUCAAACAGACAAGCAUGACACUCUUUAAGUUUGUACUUGAUGGAGGUCUGUGCUUUACGAAUCUACGCCAUACUGUUGAGUGGAAUUGUAGUUACAGUUUCAUCAUUAGCAUAGCAUUGCUACCACAACACAUCUAAUGGUGGCGCAGGACUAUUGUGCAGUGCAUCAACUUCUCAGUUCAUUUGUGAUGUCAACAGAUGUUCUGGGAACAAUCAGGUGUUCCAUUGUGGUUGGGAAACAAUAUGAGCAAGGAACCCACGGAGAGUUGACUCAUGUGCAACAACUUUGCUCGCUUAAGAAUUCACCAAAAAAAAAAAAACAUGAUCAGGAACAUCCAAGCAAGCCAAGUUGCACUCGUCUUUACUUUCAUGGGUUCUGCUGGACUGGGAAGCUACAGUCCUUGUGCUGUCAGAUGAGGUUACCGUGUAGCCCCCAGCCACAGCCAGAGCUGGCAUGUAACAGACACGCAUUUUUACCACUGGUACUCUGAGUGCUGUUGGUACUCACAAGCUAGCAUGAUUGCUUUGUGUUGAUUUGCGAUUGGAGGAUGUCAAAAUCCAAGUUCAAAUUGUGAAUUUAGGUUUAAAGUUGCAAACUUAAACAUUUAAUGUUGGUAACAUUAGCAUAAUUAGUGAGAUGACGUAUAUUUAUCCAGUAGUUGCGCUUUGUAGUAUAAAUGCUUCUUACGGGACAUUUAUUAGAUGUUUUAACUUCUGGUCACUUUGGUGCUCUCGUUGCUUCCUUUUAAACAGAAACGACUCAGCCAGCUCUUCAUCCAACUAACCUGGUCCUGCACCAUACAUACUUGUAGUACACACGCCCCCACGUUAUUCAAAUACUAUGUGUAUUAUUGUGGUAGUAGUUUGCACUGGAAAACUAACUACUACAACCACAAUAAUUGUUAAACCGAUCAAAUGUUAUCAGUGUAAAGGAAGAUUUGUACCUCAAGCUGUGCCUCUGUAGAAACACACGAGUCACAAUGUGCAAAAACAAUACGUGGAGGAACAAUUGUUCUUGGCGUGAGGUGAAGGUGCAUCUAAAGGGGGCUUGGGUGGUGUCUGUUUGUGUAACCUUAUGCAUUCCAGUUGAUUCUAUUCUUGUCAAACAUUGACAAGUGGUGCCGGCGCUCACGAAAGGGACCAGCUGAUGCUCCUUGUCACUCACUCGACCAACACACUGGCAACUAUUUAUUUUUUUACAUUAUCUUCCUUUUGCUCUUUUAUUCUGAUUAACAUGUUAAUCUUGUACUUUGUGUGUCCGACAGUUUGUGACAGCUUGUCAGCUAUUUAAAUAAAUAACUUUAGCUUAUUUAAAGCUGAAGAAACAAACAGAAUGUCUUCUGGAAUUCAUUUUUAAAAACUUUCUGUCGACUGAUGUUUAGUAUUAGCAAACAUGCUAAAACCAUUCAGGUAGUGUUGAAAAGAAACUAUUCUCUGGCAAAUGCUUCCCUCUAGUGGACACGGGCAGUAUUAUUACAAGUAUUCUGAAGGAGAAGUAAUAGGGAGUACUAUGGCCACGUUGGAUUAAUGCAAUACCAUAAACUAAUGUUUCCACAAUUACAACAUUGGUUUCCUGACUUGUAUUAUGGUUAGGGCUUCUAUGAGUUUGGGUUAGUGUUAGUGCAGGGACUAAGGUUUAGGGUUUGUAUUAGGAUUAGGGUUUCUUUAAGGGUUAGGAUUAGGUUAGAGCAAGGAUAAAGAUUAGGGUCUGGGGAUCAGGU